ACGUGUAGUUUUUCCGUUGCGUUAAUAGAAAGCUGCUCAUCGGGGAGACGGUAGAUCCGGUCUGGGGCAUGUCUGUUUUCCACGACGAAGUGGAGAUCGAGGACUUCGAGUUCGAUGAGGAGACGGAGACCUACAGCUACCCGUGUCCCUGCGGGGACCGGUUCCUCAUCACGCGGGAGGAUCUGGAGAAUGGUGAAGAGGUAGCCACCUGUCCAAGCUGCUCACUCAUAGUAAAAGUCAUCUACGAUAAGGAACAGUUUAUGUGUGGCGAAGAAGUCUCUGCACCACCAGCAAACAAAGAACUGGUUAAAUGCUGAUGAUCGUUUGAUGAACUUUGCUGUUCCUGGAAAAUUUGGGCAGAAAGAUGCCAGAAUGCCUGUUCUGAAGAGACUCUGCAUAUAUAGCAACUUGUUCUUUCUCAUCAGCUUCAUCAAUUGCUUGAGAAAAAGAACUGAUGUGUCAAAAAAUUUCAUGUAUUUGUGUGCAUAAGUUCUUAAUAUAUUUAAAUACAUGGAGUAAUCUUCCACAUGUGAGAUUGAAAAUGGUGACAGUGCACAAUACAUGAAAGUGUUAGAAGUGCUUGUUGCACUUCUCGGACAAUGGAUUCUUCUAUGUGUUGUACAGAACAUGUUGCUAGAUCCUAUAAUAUGAGCAAGAAGACUCUGCUGCUUUUUUUAAAAGAGGGGGGUUCUGUAUUAGAGGCCAAAUUUGUACCAAUUGUCUUGAUGAUCUUUUGUUUUCUGCAAACCUGCAUCAUGCUAAACUCUCCUGUCUUGCAAAACUGAAUAGUUUACAAUGACAUUUCUAUUUUCCUUAGUGGGUUGCUGUAAGCAAAUGUAACACCAGACCUGGUAUUUCCAAAUAUGGAGCCAAAUCUUUCUGUACAGCAGGUAUGGGGAACCUGUGGCUCUUCAGGUGUUGCUGAACUACAACUCCCAUCAUCUUUGGCCAUUGGUCACAAUUGCUAGGGGUGAUGGGAAUUGUAAUCCAUCAACAUCUGGAGGGCCACAGGUUCACCGUACCUGUUUUCAGUUGGCUUGACUUAAUUCUGUUUAAACUUAUGUAAACUAUUAGUUCUUAUAAUUGCCACAUCAGCUAGUCUCCCUAGAGAGAGAUCCAGUUACUGCUACCUUAUAUUUGUAUCUAUAAUCCUCAUCACUGCCUUACGUACUUGGUUUGUGAGUGGAUUUUUCAGUUGGGCUUGCAAUUUCAUGAUGUGAGAUUUUGGUGACACUUUCCGUGUAUUUAUUACAUUGAUUCUGAGUUGGAAAAUAUCUACCGUGAUGACUUCCACUUCAAUCUGUUUUUCCUGAAUUCCUGUAAGUGCACCUAAAUAUCAGGUUUAAAAUGAUUAGAUGUCCUGUCCACACGACUGUAAAUCCUUCAGGCUUACAAUUUAAUAUUUAAAUUCCUAAUCUUGGAGCUGUGGACAGGCACACACUGAUUUCAUUUUUACUGUUUUUCACUAAUAAUCCAGUAGUGGAGUUGCAAGAAUCUUUAGAAUCAAGCAAUCUAUUUAACUUGCAAUCGCGCAGAAUGACAUUGUGCAUUUGUAAGGCUUUGAGAUCUCCUUUCUGACCAACUUGUCAUCAAUCAAAUGGUUCUUUGCUGUUAAUUCCAUUUGUUAACAGCAGUUGCUUUUGGUGGCCAAUAGGUGGCACUGAAAGUUUGUAGACUGAUAUACAGUGGUACCUCUGGUUAAGUACUUAAUUCGUUCCGGAGGUCU